CUAUCCUGCACGUCGCAUGUAAAAAUGGUCAUUAUGAUAUGUGUAAAUAUUUAUUAAACAGAUACCCUCAGUUACUGAAUGUUAGUGACGAUAAUGGUUACAAUGUCCUCCAUUACACAGCUCUAGGAGGUAACGUAAAUCUUUUUAAGUAUCUAUUAAGUAAAGGAUUAGAUGUAAAUGGUACAACAAAUACUGGUGAAACUGUGGUACACUUCUGUUGUGCUGGGGGUAGUGAGGAAAUGUGUAGGUAUCUUGUAAAUAUGUAUCCAAGUUUAAUAUUCGUCGUAAAUAAUGAAGGAUAUACAGCGCUACAUUCAGCUUGUUGUGGAGGAAGUUUAAAAAUUGUUUCUUUUCUUAUAAACAGGGGAAUCAAUUUCAAUGCUUUGUCAAAUGAUGGUGAAAGUAUUCUGCAUGCAGCUUGUUUCUGUGGAGAGUUUGAAAUUUGUCAGUACUUAGUUGACAAUUAUCCCCAUCUGUUAGACGUCAAAGACAAAUCUAGUAACACAGUGUUACAUGAUGCAGCCAGUGGAGGAAAUGUUCAAAUAGUAAAAUUAUUGAUUGAAAAAAAGAUGAACAUCAAUUCCCUACAGGGAGAUGGUAAAACAAUUUUACAUCAAUGUUGUCGCUUGGGUGAAAUGGAGAUGUGUGAGUAUUUGGUCAAUCAUUUCCCAGAGUUACUGGAGAUCAGGGACAAUAGAGGAUGGACAGUGUUACAUUCAGCUUGUAGAGGAGGAAGUGUUGAAAUUGUUUCUCUUCUGAUAGAAAAAGGGAUGGAUUUCAAUGCCUUGUCGAAAGAUGGUGAAACUAUCUUGCAUAGAGCAUGUCUCAAAGGGAAGUUUGAAGUUUGUGAAUACUUAGUUGAGAAUUAUCCCCAUCUAUUAGACGUCAAAGACAAAUUUAGUAACUCAGUGUUGCACGAUGCAGCCUGGGGAGGUAGUGUUCAAAUAGUAAAACUACUGAUUGAGAAAAAGAUGGACAUCAAUGCCCUACAGGGAGGUGGUGAAACAAUUUUACAUCUGUGCUGUCGUUCUGGAAAAAUGGAGGUGUGUGAGUAUUUGAUCAAACUUUUCUCAGGGUUAUUGGAGAUAAGGGACAAUGACGGAUGGACAGCCAUACAUUCAGCUUGUAGUGGAGGAAGUGUUGAAAUUGUUUCUUUUCUUAUGGAAAAGGGAAUGGACAUUAAAACCUUGUCAAAUAACGGUAAAAGUAUUCUUCAUAGAGCCUGUCUCUGUGGGAAGUUUGAAGUUUGUGAGUACUUAGUUGAGAAUUAUCCCCAUCUAUUAGACGUCAAAGACAAAUCUAGUUACACAGUGUUGCAUGACGCAGCCUGGGGAGGCAAUGUUCAAAUAGUAAAACUAUUGAUUGAAAAAAAGAUGGACAUUAAUGCCCUACAGGGAGGUGGUGAAACAAUUUUACGUCAAUGCUGUCGUUCUGGUAAAAAAGAGAUGUGUGAGUAUUUGGUCAAUCAUUUUCCAGACUUAUUGGAGAAAAGGGACAAUAAUGGAUGGACAGCGUUACAUUCAGCUUGCUGGGGAGGAAGUGUAGAAAUUGUUUCUUUUCUUAUAGAAAAGGGGAUGGAUUUCAAUGCUUUGUCAAAUGAUGGUAAAACUAUCUUGCAUAGAGCUUGUCUCAAUGGUAAGUUUGAAAUUUGUGCAUACUUAGUUGAGAAUUAUCCACAUCUAUUAGACGUCAAAGACAAAUCUAGUAAUACAGUGUUGCACGAUGCAGCCUGGGGAGGCAAUAUUCAAAUAGUAAAACUGUUGAUUGAGAAAAAGAUUGACAUUAAUGCCCAACAAAGAGACGGGGAAACAAUUUUACAUCAAUGUUGUCGUUCUGGUAAAAUGGAGAUAUGUGAGUAUUUGGUCAAUCAUUUUCCAGAUUUACUGAAGAUAAGGGACAAUAGAGGAUGGACAGCGUUAGAUUCUGCUUGUUAUGGAGGAAGUGUAGAAAUUCUUUCUUUUCUAAUAAAUAAAGGUUUGAUAUGAAUGCAUUGUUCCAUGAAGGUGCAAGUAUUCUUCAUAUAGCUUGUCUCAAUUCUGCUUGUUAUGGAGGAAAUGUAGAAAUUGUGUCUUUUCUAAUAAAUAAAGGAUUGGAUUUGAAUGCAUUGUCUAAUAUAGGUGAAAGUAUUCUUCAUAUAGCUUGUCUUUAUCGGAGAUUUAAAAUAUGUGAGUUCUUAGUUGAGAAUUAUCCCCAUUUGUUAGACGUCAGGGACAAAUCUAGCAACACAGUGUUGCAUUACGCUGCUUUGGGAGGCAAUGAUGAAAUCAAAAAGCUUUUGGGAAUUAAAUGGGGAAGAUCAUGGAUAGAGAAAUUGAAAUCAAGACUAUCAUUCCGGUAAACUGUAGAUGUGUAUCUGGACAAUUAUUUUUUUUUCAGAUUCAUUGUUGAUACUAGAUAAUAAGGAAUCAUGAUGGUACAGCGUCAAUUGGAGAUAUUUAGCUAUCUUCCUUAUAAAAUUCGAUGCGUGUUCAAAUGAUGCAUCCUUACCCAUAAGAAGAUAGAAAAUUGAAGAAAAAGACAUGUUCUGUAAAUUUAAGUCAAUGCUUUGUCAAAUUAUGUGAAAAGUUUCCACAUAUUGAUUGACUGAAUUGCUAUUAUGAUGUAUGUAGCUACUUUUGCACCAAACGACCACACUAAUUAGAUGCCAAAUACCAACAUAUGAUUCAUUUAUUUGAAGAAACCAUGAUUAUGAAUCGUGAUUUAGUCGUGUCUUUUAUGAAAGAAAUACAGAUAUAUACAUGUCUAUAUAAUUACAAAACUUCUUUCAUAAAGGUUAAGUGGAAAUCAAUGAAGAACAGUGAUGUUCUUAUAACUGGUCCCCCCCCCCAUGUUUCCUCUAUGAACUCUAUCUCUCUUCGUGUAUAUAAGAGACAAAUUUCAUAGUUUAUAUGAGGAGCAGAUAACAUACAUAAAAACUUACCACCAGAGUCUGUAAAAUAGCAGGGAUGGGAUAUCAGAUGAAGAUAAAAUUAGCCAAACAAUUUUGGCAAUAUAAUUUAUACCUGGUGUUACGUAGAUCGCUUUGUCCUCUGUUCUUGACCCAAGACAUCGAGUCUAAAUACUGAAUUGAUGGAAACCCUUUUUAAUGUUGAAUCGCUUAAAAGAAUUUUUAUUCUUUGAGACAAAGAUAAUAUAGUUAAAAUCAUAUCAUUUUGAUGGAGAAUAUAAGGAUUUAGAGAUGUGUACUAAGUUAUGUUAGUAUAGCGUCUGUCAAUUGAAAAAAAAGUCUUGUAACCUUUACAUUGUAAUGUAAAUUUCUUCAUUGAUUUAAAAUAUUUUUAUGUUUUAUUGUUAUGUAAAUUUCUUCAUUGAUUUUAACUAUUUUAUGUUUUAUUGUAAUGUAAAUUUCUUCAUUGAUUUAAGAUAUUUUAUGUUUCAUUGUAAUGUGAAUUUCUUCAUUGAUUUUAACUAUUUUAUGUUU